AUGUCGGUUGUGAGCGCACUACCUUUUCUCAAACCUAUCCAUAUGCGGACUCCUGUUUCUCCUGGCCGUCAGCGCCGGCACACACUUCCAGCCAGCGAGUUCAGAUGUCUUAACACGGAGGACGCUAUCAGUGUGUUCGAGAUUGAGAGAGAGGCAUUUAUAUCAGUGUCUGGGGAGUGUCCUCUUUAUCUUGAUGAAGUCCGACACUUCCUUACCCUCUGUCCCGAACUGUCUUUGGGAUGGUUUGUGGAAGGGCGUCUGGUCGCCUUUAUCAUUGGCUCGCUUUGGGACCAAGACCGUCUGACGACAGAAGCCCUGACCCUGCACAAACCCCACGGAACCACAGUGCACAUCCACGUGCUGGCCGUACACCGUACCUUCCGGCAGCAGGGCAAAGGCUCCAUACUGAUGUGGCGCUACCUGCAGUACCUGCGCUGUCUGCCCUACGUGAGACGUGCUGUGCUUAUGUGCGAGGACUUUCUGGUCCCUUUCUACCAAAAAUCUGGUUUCAAGGUCCAGGGUCCGUGUGAGAUCACAGUGGGUCCCCUGACCUUCAUUGAGAUGCAGUAUCCUGUCAGAGGCCACGCGUUCAUGCGUCGUAACAGCGGCUGCUGA